UCUGCUAUAGAACAAGAACAUUUGACGAGAGAACCGGCGCAGUUUCAGAGAGCGCAUGUAGAGUUUUAGCAAAGGAAGUGGUCGGUACGAGAACUGCUGUAGCACGAAAUACUUUAUAUACGUCACUUAAGGAGAAUGGACGAGCGGGAACUACCUUCAGACAGUGACGAAAGUGAUGAAGAUUAUGUACCCUGUGGUGCAGAGAGUAAUCCACCAUCUGAAGAAGAAUCAGAAGGAGAUGAAGAAAAUUACCAAGAACAGAGUGAUAUUGAGGAUGCUGUAGAAACUGGAAAAAGAAAACAUAAAAAAUCACAUGGAAAAAAGAAAAAAAGAGUAAAGGCUGGCAGAAAACUUAUUCAGCAAUCAACAGUAAAGGAGGCAGAGGUCAAAAAGAAAACAUCUGAGGAACAGAAUGUUCUGACUGAAGAACAGGAAAAGAAGAAAGCUGACUCUCUAUGGUCAGAUUUCUUGAAGGACACAGGAAGUUCAGUGAACUGGUCAAAGACAACCAUGACCAAUGGAAACAAAAAAGAAUCUCCUUCAGUGAAAGUAGAAUUACAGAAGACUGUCCAAAAAGAGAACAAAGUUACCAUCACCAAGGUGUUUGAAUUUGCUGGUGAAGAAGUUAGAGUGACAAAGGAAGUAGCAACAGAUUCUGCUGAAGCCAGAUUAUCAACCAAGCCAUCACCAGCCUCUCCUGCAGUUAGUCAAGAAGCGCGCGAAGGACAAGGAAGAGGUGGCAGAGGUGGUUUGAAAGGGUUGUCUUCAGUUUUAGGUCAGCUAGGGAAAAAAUCAAAGUUGGGAACUCUGGAGAAAUCUAAAUUAGACUGGGAUCGUUACAAGAAAGAUGAAGGAAUAGAAGAAGAACUUCAAAGGCAUAAUAAAGGAAGAGAUGGAUAUUUGGAGAGACAAGACUUUCUGCAGAGGACAGAUUUGCGGCAGUUUGAGAUUGAGAAGGAACUGCGGACGUCUCGGCGGAGUAACAGGUGAAUCACCAUAGUUUUAGUGCAUUUUGAUAUUAUAUGAUCGAAGAAUGAACAGACACCAUCAGUGGACUAUUACAUUGCAUCACUCAGAUUGAUUGAAUAUAUCAGAUGCAUUUUGAGACCGUACAAGUAUUAAAAAAUACGAAGACAAGUAACUUAAUGUAUUAACUUAACUUGGUGUAUGUAAUGAAUGAAUAAUUGAACAGCGUGUUGUAAUAAUAAUUCAGUUCACGAGUGUAGUAAUGUCAUGGAAUUAUAUGUUUUUAUGCUAUCAGUUUCAAUCAGAUGUGUCCACACAACAUAGAAUACACAAAGUUUGAUAACUGGUAAUCACCACAUUGGAGACGUUUAUUGAAACAGCUUCCUCUGCUAGUGAAACUAAUUGGGACCUGUGCUCAGGUGGGGAUAGACAAAUCCAGUAACAUUUUAGGAGCCGGACAUACGAGGUGCGAUCGGAAAGUUUCCAGA